GUCGGGGCGGGGCUCUAUAAGGAAGUACACGUGUGUUUAUACGGACUAGAGCUGCGGCGGAUCCCGGAAGCGGAGAAGGCGAGACAUGGCGUCGGCGACGGAGGAACCGGGCCUCGAGUGGGAUUCUUUUCUCUUGAGUCAAAUUGGUGAUCUGAUAGAGGAUAAUGAACUACAGCUAGAUGUAGAGAAUGAAACAUAUGAGAGCAACCUUUGUGAUCUUGACUUCGAUUUAGAUUUGAUGUCUUGGGACUCAGACCCAAGGGAUAUUUUAAAGCAGAUCCUACCAGAUGCAGAUUGCAAAGUGGAGCCUCUCUCACCAGCCAUUUCAACAGAUUCAGUUCCCUCUCCUUUAUCUGUGGAUUCCCCAGUUCAGCAUGUACCAGAAGAUGUAGAGUUGGGUUCACAUUCCCAACUAUCUCCUGUAUCUUUGUACAGCAGAGACUCCCCAAGUCUUACGUUAUGUGAAGAACAGAAGGAGAAGAAGCCCAUGGCCCAGACUAAGCAGCGCUCAGCAAAUAGAUCAUCAGUGACUCCAAAUCGCUGUAGCCCACUGGUUUCCAAACCCUUGAUUCAGCCCAAGCCAUGUUUGCCUGUCUUUCGGGAGUCUCUGGGUGGCCUUAGUGUCCAGGCUAAAGCCAUUGUUAUUCCAGCUCUUCCGACACUUGUGACACUGCCAAAGCAGCAACCAGUUAUUUCUAUCCAGCCAGCACCUCCUAAAGGCCAUCCAGUGAUGCUUUCUCAGUCUGCUGUGGUGCAUCUUCAGACACCUGGAAUCCUUCCUGCCACUAGUCCAACCAUUGCUGUCACUGGUGGAGUCACAUCACUGCCAGGUCACACUGUCAAUGUAUUGUCACAAACUGCAGGGAAAAGUUUGGCGAGUGGAAACAUAGCAGAACCUAAGUCUGCUCUUCAUUCUGCUCCUGAAAAUACUUGCAUGGAUAUGAAUGUUCUGAAACGACAACAACGUAUGAUAAAAAAUCGAGAAUCAGCAUGUCAGUCACGCAGGAAAAAAAAGGAAUAUAUGCUGAGCUUGGAGGCUAGGCUAAAUUCAGCCUUGUUGGAAAACGAGCAUCUUAAGAGAGAGAAUUGCUCCCUGAAGAGGCAGCUGGAUGAUCUGGCAGAGGAGAACCAGAGUCUCAAGAGCUCCCCUUCAAAGAGAAGAGCACUCUGUGUGAUGGUGCUGCUCACUUUUGUAAUACUGAAUCAUGACAAACUAAGAGUGCUUGAAUGGGGCUCCACUUCUGAUGAACUUCAUAUUAACCCUGCUCACCAGAGCAGGCAUCUUCUUGAAUUCUCUGCAGGUGUACCUCAGGGAACAGAUGACAGAAGUAAUGAUCGGUGA